AUGCACACCCUCAUCUCCUGCACCACUGCCCCUGCCGCCGCCCCACAACCCCCAAAAUCCCAACCCUACGCCACAACCCAGCCCUUCCCCAGCAGCAACACCACCAUGCCCCUCCGCACCAACCUCCCUCCCGCCCUCUCCAAACCCAAAACAAAGGACUCCAUCUCUCCUAAACAACCAAAUGAUUCUCAGAAACGCAGACAUCCCGAGUCGAAGCGGAAGGAAGGCAAGAGUUCAGCCACUGGUGGUGAUGAGGGUCGCCCGGUCAAUAUGAGUCGCUCCCAGCGCGAUAAAGAUCGCAAGAAGAGGAGUAAAGCGGCGAUUCUUAUGGAGCAUGUGGAUAUUAUCAAGGAUGAUUUUUGGGAUAAGAGACCUUGGCUUUUGAGUGGGAAGACGGGGUGA